AUCCAUCACAAGGAUCAAUAUUCAAACAUGUCGUUCAAUAUUCUCCGAAACACCAUCAUCCGCACCCGCCCUCUCCUCCGCACCUCCACCCUGACACGAGCAUACCAAAUCCAAGCUCACCCAGAAGCAUACAGCUCCAAAAACCAAGAAUUUUUCAUCGCCGCCUCCUUCCCUGAUGAUUUUGAAUCGCCCACGUUGUCGGAAAAGCGCGGCGUCCCGACCUCCUCGUGGGAUGAGCUUCAUGCUACCUUGAGUGAAGCGGCGGUGAAAGCCGAUCGGGGUGAAGUGAAGAUGCAACAGCUUACUUCGCGAGAGGAGUUGGAGAGGAUGUUGCAGCCGGAUAAGAUGGAUCCAAAGAUUGAUGAGAUGUGAUCUCGCUGUCUCUCUGUGAGGGUGGUGAUUAUGACUUUUAUGGUCUUUCUUGAGAUUGUCAUGAUGAGAUGUAUUCUGCGUUUGUAAUCUGACGAUCGUUAUGUCACUUAAGUUCAGUUAGGAUAAAAACAUAAUAUGUAGUUGUGUCGAUUCACAGGAAGUUGAUUAUUCGGGACAUUAUUCUUGCAGGGAAUCAUUGACUGACGAGAAUAUAGUUUUGAUAUAUCAAUUUGAUAAAUGCAAACGUAAAGUUGUAUUAAAAACGCAGUGACUACCUUCUAUCCCAGUAGUAU